AUGAACCCAUCGCAUGGAAUACCAGCAUUUCAUAAUGCAAACAAUGGCUUCGCAGCACCGGUGUCGGCAGAUCCAAUGUUAUCUCAAUGGUUGCCGCAUCAGAGUGCAGCUGUGUCAGUCCCAGUAACUGCGCCAAGUCAGCACAUCUGGCAUAACGGACAGCCAACCGGAUGGACAGCAGUGAGACCCCAGAGUCUCCCAGCCACCUACAGGAAGCCUAAACGCGUAAGAACGGCGUUCACAACGGAUCAACUGCUGGCGCUAGAACAUGAGUUUAUGUUGACUCCUUUUUUGGCUAGACAUAGACGUCUGCAGUUAGCAGACGUGUUGCACCUAAAUGAGAGAACCAUCAAAAUUUGGUUUCAAAAUCGGCGAAUGAAAGAAAAGAAAGCCAGUUUAGAGAGCCAAAGUUCCUCUGGUGACAGUCCUGAAAAUAAUGAGGGGCCAAUAAUGCACUACCCGAGCAUGGCCCCGAGUUAUUCAGAAAUAACUACGCCAAUGUCACCAAAUUUUAUGCUAGAACCACCUCAAUAUUCUCAAUGCAUGUAUGGUACUCAGCCCGUUAUAUCUCCGAGCAAUAUCCCGGCACAACCCUACCAAGCCGCAGUCCAAGCUCCCGCCCGAACAGAACCACUUCUUCCACUACCGGAGCUGCCAGCUCCAAUUGUUCCUAGUGAGAUAGACAACUUUCAAUGGCCUGAUGAGGCUGAAGAUCAACACAUGUUAACUCCGUUAUAA